AUGAAAUUCUGCACAUGCGCCCAAAGGACAUUAUUAGUUUUGAAAGCCAAAGAGAUUCCCCACGAAGUGUUUCAUAUCAGUUUGUUCAAAAAGCCUGAAUGGUAUAGCAAAAUCCAUCCAGGAGGUGAAGUUCCUGCCCUUCUAAAUGGAUCAAAUGUUCUAAUCCAAAGCUCAGAUAUUUGCAACUACCUUGAAGAAAAGUAUCAUCAGAAUCCUCUGUAUCCUUCGGAACCUGAAGCGAAGAAUCGCGAUAAAAACUUAUCGGAAAAAUUGUAUCGAGACGAGUUGUGGUUACAAAUAAUGAGAAGAGAUUUGCAUAUUUUCAUAGCUGUCGCGGCGUCCAGCGACUUCACUACGUGCGGCGUUCCGCAUCACUGGCAAUCCGAUUUCGAAAUGUAG